GCUCCUGCGCGUCUGAUGUGAUCGCGGGCCGGAGCGCAUCGUCGGCUCGCUCGCUCUCUCCCUUCCUCGGCUCGCAGACAGACAGACCGCCCGCCCCGCCGUGUCCAGCGCAGCCCCGCCGGCGCGGAUGUGGGGCCGGCUGCGGGCGGCCCUGCGCCCAGCGGGAGGGGAGCCCGAGGCGCCUGGAGCCGAUGCAGCCUUGCUGGAAGAUGAAACUGCAGAAUGAGAAGCCUCUGGGCCAUUCUACCAGCCGUUCCAGCAAUAUUUCUAAGGUAGGCAGUCCAACGUCAGUGACAGCUCCUCACAGCUUCUCCAGGACUUCAGUCAGCCCCUCGGACCAGGAUAUCUGCAGUUCGGAUGCAAUUCCAUCUGAGCAUUUGUCAAGCAGUCCACUGCAGACUGUUGUUGUCCUGACUAGGCCCAAAAGCAAGUCAUCUCUGGUCCACGAGGUUGCUACAUGUGCCUGUCAAGACAUGCCACAGAGUACAAGGAAGCAGAGUUUAUUUGGAGAAGAUCUGGCUCAUCUCCUUUGGCCUGGGAAGCAAACCACAGACAGUGGAGAGGUGAAGCACUCCAAAUCCCUCAACGAUGUCCACAUGAAGCCUGAUCGAUCAGCUAGCAGUCUGAGCUUCAUUGAGAGGACUUGCUCCGAUGGAAAAUUAACACCAGUCCAAGCGAAGAGCUCAAAGAUAAAGAAGCAACAUCACAUUAAGAAGAGAGAAGACUAUUACAAACCAUUGCAAAAUAUCCUAAGUUCUCAGAUGCAGCCCUUUGUGUCUGGUUUCUCAGACAACCGGGGGCCUAGAGAUGGCCUUGGUGUGGUUGAAGUCACUGUCACUGAAGCAGAGCAGAGCAACAGAAGAUCCUACCUGUACCGACUUUUCUUCCCUUCCUUGCACACUUCGAGCUUGUGUGUUCUGAAGAGGGUUCCUGAACCAGAGGGGAGUGGUGCCCACGUUCCAGUUACCAAGUUGUCCACUGACUCCUUUUGCUCCGAGGAAAUUGGAGAUGAUGAUGUGUUUGAAAAAGAUGCUGCAAUCAGAGUGCCUGGGCUGGAAGUAACAGAGGAAGAGCAGCGAGCCCCUCUUUGCUCAUUUGAAGGUGACAGUGACCUAGAAGGUCCCUCCCUUACAUCUGUAAAAUGGUGUAUUUCGCCAUCAUGGGAGGUGUGCAGAAUAUGUCACUGUGAAGGAGAUGACGAAGGUCCACUCAUUACGCCCUGUCGCUGCACUGGAAGCCUCCGAUAUGUACACCAGGCUUGUCUGCAACAGUGGAUCAAGAGCUCAGACACACGGUGCUGUGAGCUCUGCAAAUACGAGUUCAUCAUGGAGACCAAAUUAAAACCACUGCGGAAAUGGGAGAAGUUGCAAAUGACAGCGAGUGAGAGGAGAAAGAUCCUGUGUUCAGUAACAUUCCAUAUCAUCGCGAUCACCUGCGUGGUGUGGUCAUUGUACGUCCUGAUUGAUCGGACAGCCGAAGAGAUUAAGCAAGGCCAGACGAAUGGAAUUUUAGAGUGGCCGUUUUGGACUAAGCUGGUGGUUGUGGCGAUUGGUUUCAUUGGGGGACUUGUGUUUAUGUACGUCCAAUGUAAAGUAUACAUACAACUAUGGAAGAGACUGAAGGCAUACAACAGAGUGAUUUAUGUACAGAACUGCCCAGAGACCAGCAGGAAGAGCAUAGUGGAGAAACCACCAUUGAUGGAGCAAAGCUUUGAGAACAAGGAGGUUCCAUCAGUUCAACGUUCAGAUAUCAACUCUCUGCGUUGUACAGAGCCUGAGGAUCAUGGGAUGGGAAUACUGAAUGUCUGAAGUUUACAUGAUAUGGGGUGUCUCUUGUCUCACCUCCCCCCCCCAUCUCCCCGUCACCCUACCCUGCAGACCUGACAGCCGGUAGCACAGGUUGAAAUGGUCUUCUGAUAUUUAGAAACCACUUUUGACUGAGACGUUGAGAACCAGCGAUCUCUUGCUGACAUCAGUGUGAUCCCAUACAUUGACCGACUGCAAAAAACAACGAAUGUUUUUGAAAAUAUUUAACUUCAGUAGCAAAUGAGCACUUUCAACUAAACUUACUUCUAAAGUUCCAUGUUUUGUGACAAAAUGUUUAGCUGGGAAUUAAAAUGUAUAAAAAUCCCUUUGCUAAUUAUCUUUAUACUGAGGAGACAAAACUAGUUUUCAAAAAAAAAUAAUAAGACACAUGGAGCAGUGACAAAUAAAUAACAGGAUACUAGGAUUUAUUAUUUUUAAUUAUUAUUUUAGAGGAUUCUUAUCAAAUCUCCAAGGCACUCUCACACAGGCUACAUCGCAAAGUGCAAUUACUUCCCUGUUUUUUUUUUGGAAUAAAAUUAUUUAUUAGAAAAUGUCUAAGAAGGUGCACUUGGGGAGUCUGGAUCAGACCAGAUUUCCUUUAUCUGCAUGUUUGAGCAGCAAAGAAAAGGGACAAUACUACUGCUUCUAGAAGUUAAUAUAAAUUUUAUAAUACCAUUUAUUUCUAUUUAUAAAACUAUCAGCUUUUUGCAUCUAAAGUUUCUAAAUCUGUAUGCUUGCUUAACACUGACUUUGGAACUAUGGGCCCACUUUGACUAUGUUUAAUGCUGACCAUUGAACCCAAGACACAGGAUCUUUUCAGCAGCCAGCAUUUUCCAGGUGGGUGUGUUAUCAAGGGGCCAGGAAGCUGUUGUGACUGUAGCCAAUUUGGUUACCAGGGGUGGGACUUGUACCUAGUACAUUUUCUGGAUCAAUCUCUGCUCAUUUUCCCACAACGUCCACAAAAUUAGUGUCUCUGUUUAUUAGCAAAUGCUUUCAUGUAAUAUUGGAUUAAUACUGUUUUUAGUCCGACUAUUUGGAAAAUGACCUAUCAGAAUCAAAAGACUUACAGUUGUAUUUUUUUAACUACAAUGCAGCCAGCAGAGGCUGGAGACAGAGGAUACAAUCCUUGAUGAAACGUCACCACAAGUGGAACAAGCCUAGACUUGAACUUCGUGCUUUUACUUUUAGAAACAAAAAUGUAAGUUAAAUUGGAGGAUUCUUUUGAACUGUUGCCUGCUGCUGUUUAUGAGCAGUGUCACAUGAAGUAGAAACACCACCUAGUUAACUAGUUGGGAAAGAGGGUUUUCUUGGUGCAUUACUUGUAUUUCAAAUGUAUAGUUUUGUAUUUCAUUGUGUUCUUUUUCCAGAGUACAGUAUUAAAUGUGUCAUCUACAUUAUUGCAUAGUUUCCCAAUAAAUGUUGACUUUGUUGUA